CAAGAGGUGAGGAAUAUAGAGCGGAAAAAAAAGGUCGCCGCGAUGGAGACGGAAACCGACUUUAAUUUGACAUUUGUGUGGAUUAUUAAAAAUUUCAGCAUGUGCCAUGACACUAAGGGAGAAUUUCGCGAGAGCCCGUUCUUUAUUUUCGACUCCUUACCUGGCCUGAAAUGGUGCAUUAGAUUAUAUGCCAUAAGCAAUUCAGAUGAAAAUUAUAUAGAUAUUUAUCUCUGCAGAAACGAUGACAUCCCGGAAGACUGCAAGCUAACUUAUAACUUUAAGUUUUUAGAUUGCAGUGAAAAGGAAAUUGCGGCAAAUCAUCGAACCAUAACAAAGUUAUUUCGAAAAGGAAAACCUGAUCGGAGAUAUGGCGUUCCUCGAAUUAUUGAAAGAAAUUUGCUUUUAAGGUCUAUUAAUUGUGACAUAUACUAAUUAUAAAAUGUAGUUUGAAACCAGUUUCUGAGACUAAUGGAAAAGAAGAGCUAUGCCCUUCACUUUCUUACAAACUGGACUGUUCACGGACGUUAUAUUGCGUGCUCGUGGUGCAGUAUUCAAAGUGCAUAGAGCUAUGUUAUGGGCGAGGUGGCCUGAACUGGCAAAAAAACUCGAUCAACAAAAGUCUUCCGAACAAGAUUUCGAUAUCGGAUCGAACGUUGUGGAAGCCAUGAUCAAAUAUGUUUACACUGGAAAAAUAAAAUUCAGCGGAUAUGUGUUUAGUUUUGAGGAGUUCUAUGUGACUGCAGCAAAAUAUGGACUCCGCAUUCUCACCCCUACACCUAGUAGUAUAAAAACGUGUGAAACUCGCAUUAAUACUGAGAAAAUUUCCUUUGUGCGACCAAUAGAGAAUUUCUCCAGCCUGCCCGUUAACACAGAGUUGUUACACGAAUUUGAGAUAGAUAUCCCGGAAUUUAGUAAAUGGAGUUUAAGAGUACACAUCUGCGAAAAAACGAAAACUGAUCAAAUAUUUGGUAUUUUCGUUUGCAAAAUACCUGAUUAUAAGCUCAAACCGAUUUUCGUGAGAACCAAGAUAUCCUUCGAUGAUGCUAAUUGUUCUGAAAAUGAACAUUUGUUUAAGCAAGAUGAAAAUUGGAAGUGUGCUGAGUUUUCGCGGAAUAUAUCUUCAGACCCAGGUGAUAUGUUGUUACUCAGAUGCGAAUUUAAAUUAUCUAAUGGCAGUUUUUCUUCCGAGAUUGUGGAAUCUUCUUGCGUCUUUGCAACUUCUAUAGGAGAUAAUAACUCAAACAGAAGCCUUCGAAAUCUUUAUGAAAAUGGGACAUUAUCUGAUGUUACUAUAAUAGCUGGUUCGAAAAGAUUUUUCGUGCACAAAUUUAUUCUGGCUUCCCAGUCUUCGGUGUUUUGCAGGAUGUUCGAAACCGAAAUGAUAGAAUCGAGAAACAACCACGCAGAAAUUUCUGAUGUGGAUCCUGAUGUUAUGCAUGAAAUGUUUCUUUUUCUAUAUACUGGAAAAGUGGGAAAAUUAUGUGAAGAAAUAGUUAUGCAGCUUUAUACUGCAGCUGAUAAGUAUGAUAUUUCGGCUCUCAAAAAUAUAUGCUCGUCCUCUCUCAAAUCCAUUAUUACUGUCGAAAAUGUGUUCAAAAUUCUCCAGUUAGCACAUAUGCAUUGCGAUGAUGAUUUGUAUCAAAGAGCUCUGGAAUUUUUUUCAAAUCAUCUGCAAGAAAUUUAUUCAACCGAUGAAUGGAAAGAGAUGGACAACAAGAAUUUUUGUGUGAAACUUCUGCAAGAUGUGAUAGCUCGUAAUAAACCCACGAAAUGAUUUACGUGCAUUUUCACAACAGGAUUCUUCAAAUAUGAAGGCUAAAAUUCCUUAAGAUUUGUAAGUGUUUUGUAAUGAUUGUAAACAAAGUUCAUAGUUAUAAUUCUUAAAAUAUAUUUUUAUGAUCUUUUCCAGUGAAA